AUGCAUCAGAUGGAUGUGUCGAACGCGUUCUUGCAUGGCCAUCUCUCGGAGCAGGUCUUCUGUCAGCAGCCUACUGGCUUUGUCGACGCGGCUCGUCCUGACCACGUGUGCUUGCUCUCCCGCUCCUUAUACGGGUUGAAGCAGGCCCCUCGAGCCUGGUACCAGCGGAUCACCGGCUUCCUUCAGCAGCUUGGGUUCCGAGCUACUCGCUCCGACGCCUCGCUGUUUGUCUACCACCAGGCUCCGGCGACUGCUUACCUGCUCCUCUACGUCGACGACAUCAUCUUGACGGCCUCCUCGCAUAUUGCUCGCCUCAGCGCCGAGUUCGCCAUUAAGGACCUCGGCCCGUUGCACUACUUCCUCGGUAUUGAGGUGGUACGCCGCACCGACGGGUUCUUUCUACGCCAGCAGCAGUAUGCGCAGGACCUUCUUGAGCGGGCGGGCAUGCUUAACUGCAAGCCCGUCCCCACGCCUAUCGACACGAAGACCAAGGUUUCUGCGCUCGACGGCUCACCCGCGCCGGAUGCGGCGUUCUACCGCUCCAUCGUCGGCGCCCUUCAGUACUUGACACUCACUCGGCCGGACCUACAGUACGCCGUCCAGCAGGUGUGUCUCCAUAUGCACGCCCCUCGCGACACUCACUGGAACCUGGUGAAGCGGAUUCUUCGGUACAUCCGCGGCACCACGGCUCUGGGUCUUACGUUGACGGCCUCGCCCUCGACCGACCUUGUAGCCUACAGUGACGCCGAUUGGGCCGGCUGUCCGGACACCCGUCGCUCUACUUCCGGCUAUUGCGUCUACCUGGGGCCCUCGCUCAUAUCGUGGUCAUCUAAACGACAACCGACGGUAUACCGCUCCAGUGCCGAGGCUGAGUAUCGUGCUGUGGCCAAUGCCGUCGCCGAGUGCUCGUGGCUCCGGCAGCUUCUCCAGGAGUUGCUUCUUGAUGUUCCGAAGGCCACCAUUGUCUACUGUGACAAUGUCUCUGCAGUCUACCUCUCCGCCAACCCCGCAUAUGGCACCGCCUAA